AUGGGAUCUCUGAUUGUCGAUCUCAUACACAAACUCUUAUCUUUGCGUGGGGAGCGUCCUGUCAUCAUCUUGGAUGGACUGGACGAGUGUGGAGCUCAGGAGGAACUUAGGUCUUUAAUGAAGCUAGUACUUAUCCUUGAUGAGCUGCCUGCCGCAUUUGCCGUGUUGGUCAGCUGUCGGCCAGAGUCAUCUGUUGUGUCGGCUUGGGUUAGAGCUCGAGCUCAGGGUCUUGUCAUACCCUGUGAAGACAUGGACAUUGUCGCUGAGGAAGAGAACUUCCACACUAUCCACCGCAUGGUGGAGGAAGGCCUUCGGGAUUGCAUCGACAACUCUUCCUGGAAACCAUCAAAAGAAGAAGUGGAUGCGUUUGUCUCAGCAUGUCGUGGAUUGCCGAUUAUCGCCUCAAUCCGAGUCCGGGAUGUCUCCUUUCAAACCUGUCGUGGUGCAACCCUUCGAUCCGAGUUCGAAUACUUUCGUGAUUUGAUCGAUGCCCCUGAAGACAUCAACAAGGAGUACCUGCGUGUACUUCGCCGUGCCUACAUAGUCGGUUCAUCUGGAGUCCGUAAACAUACAGCCAAGAAGUACCGCCAAGUGGUUGCCAUAAUCAAUGCGGCAUUCGAGCCACUAAGUGUGUUUUUUAUAUCGCAGCUGUCAGGAAUUGCCGAGGAAGAGGUCCUAGCCAUAUUGGAUCCAAUUAGCUCAAUUGUUGAUCUUUCUUCAAAGAUUGGCUUGGAACCUUCUUCGGAAAGUCUUGCAGAAAGUCCUCCAGAAAGUUCCUCAGAGGAAAUCCAGAGUGUCAAAUUCUAUCAUGCAACGAUGAAAGAGUUCAUAACGGGGGAUCCGAUUGGUAAUGAAAAUGACAAAGUAUUCUUUAUCAGAGAUGCGAAUAAGUAUUUCAUCGGACUACCACUCCUCCAAUUUUUCAAUAAUAGUUGUGAACGGAAUGUGUUUGAGUUGCCCACUGUUCUCCCUUUAGGAGAUAAACAGAAAUGGGGCGAUUUUCGGAAGAGGAAACGUCACCUCCCUCAUCAUCUCCGAUAUACUCGU